UACGACAUCGGCUCUGUUGGCGUUACAGUACAAGAAGAAAGGUAGUACCUGUUCUUCUCUACACGAAUGGAAAAUCCCAUAUGCCAUCGUCACAGCCUCAAUUUAGCAUUACCCCGCACAGACUCAUAGAAUCACAAUUUCUCGUUCAAACCCGAGAAUUCCAUCUACGCCCCCCUCUCGAUCGAUCGACUCUCCGUCGUGAUCCCUUAUCUCUCAUCUCUCGAGGGGUUGCCUCUCUCCCUAGAGAACACAAAAAUCUCGAAUCAAUCUCGAAUCCUAUUUCCAAUUUCCUCUAGAUUCCGCACAGUUCGAAUCCUUUAGAGAAAGAGAGAUGUCGGAGAUGGCCAACACAGAUCCGGAGGGUCUCGAUGGAGUGCGGAUGAGUUGGAACGUCUGGCCUCGCACCAAGGUGGAGGCGAGCAAGUGCGUGAUCCCACUCGCGGCCUCCUUCUCCCCGAUCCGCCCGAACCCGGACAUCAUCACGCUCCCUUACGCGCCCCUCAGAUGCAAGACCUGCUCCGCCGUCCUCAAUCCCUUUUCGCGCGUGGAUUUUGCCGCCAAGAUCUGGAUCUGCCCCUUCUGCUACCAGCGGAAUCACUUCCCUCCUCAUUACUCUAUGAUCUCUGAGACCAACCUCCCUGGUGAGCUCUAUGCCCAGUACACCACCGUCCAAUACUCCCUCUUUCAAAACCCUAACCCUAACCCUAAUCUCACUCCUACCCUCCCGCCCGUGUUUUUGUUCAUGCUUGAUACGUGCAUGAUCGAGGAGGAGAUGGGGUUCGUGAAAUCGGCGCUAAAGCGCGCCAUCGGGUUGUUGCCGGAGAACGCGCUGGUUGGGUUCGUUUCGUUUGGGACUCAGGUUCAGGUCCAUGAAUUGGGGUUCUCCGACAUGUCCAAAGUUUACGUGUUUAGGGGGAACAAGGAGAUUUCCAAGGAGCAGGUUUUGGAGCAAUUGGGGCUCGGCAUUUCGGCCAGGCGAACUGGUGGACCGGGGUACCAGAAGGGCUUGCCGAAUGGGUUUCCUAAUUCAGGUGUCACGAGGUUUUUAUUACCCGCUGGGGAUUGCGAGUACACUCUUAACGCGCUGUUGGAUGAACUGCAAACGGAUCAGUGGCCUGUUCCGCCUGGGAGUCGGGCAUCGCGGUGCACAGGAGUGGCUUUAAGUGUUGCCACGGGAUUGCUUGGAGCUUGUUCCACUGGCACUGGUGCUAGAAUUAUAGCUCUGGUUGGUGGUCCUUGCACGGAAGGGCCCGGCACGAUUGUAUCAAAAGAUCUCUCAGAUCCAGUACGAUCACAUAAAGAUCUAGACAAGGAUGCAGCACCUUAUUUUAAGAAAGCAGUUAAAUUCUAUGAAAAUCUUGCAAAUCAGCUGGUCAGCCAGGGUCAUGUUUUAGACCUUUUUGCUUCUGCACUUGAUCAGGUUGGGGUUGCAGAAAUGAAAGUUGCAGUAGAAAAAACUGGCGGCCUUGUUGUUCUAGCUGAAAGUUUUGGUCAUUCUGUGUUUAAAGAUUCUUUCAAGCGUGUCUUUGAAGAAGGGGAGCAGUCUCUCGGCCUUUGUUUUAAUGGUACACUCGAGAUCAAUUGUUCAAAGGACAUCAAAAUCCAGGGGAUAGUUGGACCUUGCACAUCAUUGGAAAAGAAAGGACCUGCUGUCGCUGAUACGGUCAUUGGGGAAGGGGGUACAACAGCAUGGAAAAUGUGUGGUCUUGAUAAAAGUACUUGCUUAACAGUGUUUUUUGAUCUUUCCUCAAGUGAUCGGUCAAAUGCUCCGGGAACUGUAAAUCCAAUGUUGUACUUGCAGUUUCUCACAAGUUAUCAAAACCCUGAAGGUCAAUUAAUGCUUCGAGUGACAACUAUUAGUAGAGCAUGGAUAGAUAGUGCAGUUAGCUCAGAGGAACUGGUACAAGGAUUCGAUCAGGAGACUGCUGCUGUUGUAAUGGCAAGGUUGACUUCCUUGAAAAUGGAGACGGAGGAAGGGUUUGAUGCUACACGGUGGUUGGAUCGGUCUCUUAUUCGUCUUUGUUCUAAAUUCGGUGACUACCGGAAGGAUGAUCCAGCAUCUUUUACAUUAAAUCCUUCCUUUUCAUUGUUCCCCCAGUUUAUGUUUAAUCUGCGACGAUCACAAUUUGUACAGGUUUUUAACAACAGUCCAGAUGAGACUGCCUAUUUCCGCAUGUUGUUAAACCGAGAAAAUAUCACAAAUGCUGCUGUUAUGAUUCAACCGUCUUUGAUAUCAUAUUCAUUCAAUUCGCUGCCUGCUCCAGCAUUGUUGGAUGUGGCUUCCAUCGCAGCUGAUCGUAUUCUCUUGCUGGAUUCCUAUUUCAGUGUUGUAAUUUUCCAUGGAAUGCAAAUAGCUCAGUGGCGAAAUGCAGGAUACCAUAACCAGCCAGAACAUCGGGCAUUUGCACAGCUAUUGCAAGCUCCUAAUGAUGAUGUCCAGAUGAUCAUUCGGGAGCGUUUCCCUGUCCCUAGAUUGGUGGUAUGUGAUCAACAUGGCUCCCAGGCUAGAUUCUUAUUGGCAAAAUUGAAUCCAUCAGCCACAUACAAUAAUGCUCAUGAGAUGGCUGCUGGGUCAGAUGUGAUCUUCACAGAUGAUGUGAGCCUUCAAGUCUUCUUCGAGCAUCUUCAAAGGCUGGCUGUGCAAUCUUGACAGCAGAAAAGGGUUGAGAGUUGUACACUUGCUCUAUGGGUUUUGUUUUGAGGAGAUUCCCAUUCCUAUAUCCUUCUGUUCAUUCGGUUUUUCCCCUUUCUUUCCAUUGUUUUUUUAAAGAUGAGAGAUCAGACCCCGGAUUAUUUGAAAAAUAAAGAAAUCAUGUGUUAUUCUUUGGGGGGGUUUAUGGGGGAGGUGCUGCUUCCUUGGAAGAAUAAGGGGAGGGAGGCAGAUAUCGGUUGAGUUUUGAGUUAUAGGGAAAGAAAGGUAUGAUGGUAGUGUAAUUUAGGGGCUUUCAAUAGCGGAGCCAAUCAGGAAGAUAUAUUGUCUAAAGAUUUUAUUUUCCAUCUUCACCUUUUUGUAUUAAACCAAGAUCAGAGAAAGUAUGCCAUGUGUAUCUGAAUUUUUUAAGUUAUAUACUUAGAGAUGGGAUUGAUGCUCAUAGGU